CUAUCCAAGAUAAUUGUACAAAUAUAGAAGCCGAUUAAUUUAUACUUAAUUUUCUAUUUAUCUAAAGAAUUCAUUAGUGCAUUUCGUUUUGUUAGAUUAACUUGUUUGCACAUAUAAGACGUACAUACGUACCUCGUUAUAACUGUUAACCUAAGAAUUAUAGUGAAUAUAUUGAAUAGCAUAACGAGGAUUUAACACUGCAAUCAUGCUACGGUUCACGAGUAGAAGAUUAUGUUCCGCACAAUUGUUAAACAAAACAGCAACAAAAGUAGAUAACAAACAUGCAAGGAGCCUGAAUCUAUUGGAAUAUCAGAGCAAGGAAUUGUUGAGAGAUUGUGGGGUGUCCGUGCAGAAUUUCGCAAUCGUCGACGAUUUAAGUAAAGCUAAUUCUGCUCUGGAACAACUGCAUGCAUCUGAGUACGUAAUAAAAGCACAAGUAUUAGCAGGAGGUCGUGGUAAAGGAUGGUUCGAUAAUGGAUUUAAGGGAGGGGUACAUCUUACAAAGGAUAGAAAAGCUGUAUUAGACGUCGUGAAAAAUAUGCUAGGCCAUCGGUUAAUAACGAAACAAACGUCCAAAGACGGGAUUUUAGUACAGAAAAUAAUGAUCGCCGAAUCGGUUUCCAUAGCUCGGGAAACGUACGUCUGUAUUUUGAUGGACCGGACCCAUAACGGGCCAGUGUUAAUCGCCUCGCCGUCGGGAGGCAUGGACAUUGAAAGUGUUGCUGAAAACAGUCCGAGUUUGAUUAAGACCGUGCCUUUGGAUAUUUAUUUCGGGAUUGACGAUGACAUAGCGAGGGACGUUAGCGACUUUCUUGGAUUCAAGGACCCAGACUUGCAACAAAAGGCAAUCUGCGAGCUGAAGAACCUUUGGAAAUUGUUCGUGGACAUCGACGCGUUGCAAGUUGAGAUUAACCCGUUGGUAGAGACCACCGAUAAGAGAGUGAUUGCCGUCGACGCGAAAAUAUCUUUCGACGAUAAUGCACAGUUCCGGCAACAAGAUUUGUUUAAAUUGGAGGACGGCGAGGAGAAGGAUCCGAGAGAAGCGGAAGCGGCUAGGUUUAAUUUAAAUUACAUUGGAAUGGACGGAGAUAUAGGAUGCUUAGUUAACGGCGCUGGUUUAGCCAUGGCUACUAUGGACAUAAUUAAAUUGAACGGUGGAGCACCAGCAAAUUUUUUGGACGUGGGUGGAAACGUUAAGGAAGAUCAAGUUUAUCAAGCAUUCAGAAUCCUUAGUGAAGAUCCAAAAGUAAAAGUAAUUCUCGUAAACGUGUUCGGAGGCAUAGUGAACUGUACUACAAUAGCAAAAGGAAUAAUAUCAGCCUCGAAAAAUUUGAAACUAAAAAUUCCAUUGGUCGUCAGACUGGAAGGCACGAACGUGGAGGAAGCGAAGCAGCUUGUCAAAGAUAGUAACUUGCAAAUUGUUACUGCGACCGAUUUGGACGAGGCUGCGAAGAAGGCGGUUCAUUCUGUGAGCAUGUAAAUUAAACAUAUAUUUACGAUUUUUAUCAACGGUUGAAAGUCUGCAGAAUUCUUAUCCUCAAGUAAAAGAAGAAAUAUAGGUGAAAGGGUUUGUGUGUGACUGUGAGAAAUGAAAGAUACGAAAGACUAAUCUGUUUUACGUCCUAAAUAAAUAAACGAGAAACUAGGGGAACUGAUUAGUUAUAUUGUUGUACAAUUUUGUAAUUUUGUAAAAGAUUCGAGAAUCUAUUAAAUCAUUUUUCAUAGAAAAA